AUGUUAACAAGGGUUGGUAGGAAAAGGGGGGAGACAAAGGUUUUGCGAAUGCCUGUAAUGGCCCUACUCAUGGAUAAGGAUAGCGGGGCUUAUAAAGGCGUCAAGUUAGCUUCUGGUCAAGAGUUAUUCAGCGCUCAGUUGAUUCUUGCUCCCUCUUUUACGAUUACAUCAUCAUUAGCUCCUUUUUCCUCACACAAGCUGAGUUCCCAUGAUUUGGCCCUCCAAGAUGUCAAAGAGAAGGUUGCCCGGGGAAUAUGCAUUACGAGGAAUUCCUUGAAACCAGAUAUAGCUAAUUGUCUGGUGAUAUUUCCUCCUGGAUCUUUGUGCUCAGAUCAGAGGAUGUCUGUUCGUGUUUUUCAGUUGAGUAGCAAUGUGGCUGUCUGCCCAUCUGGCAUGUUUGUGACUUAUCUUUCAGCACCGUGUGAUAAUGCCGUUGAAGGGAAGAAAUUACUACAUUCAGCCAUAAAUGCCCUGUUUUCCGUGUCUAUUUCUGGUAAAUCUGAAAAAAGUAACAAGGGUGAUCACAGUGAAAAUACUGAAGUAAAACCCAGCCUACUUUGGAGUGCCUUGUAUCUGCAAGAGUUGACUAAGGGUGCAUUUGAAUCCAUCAACUAUAUGACAAUGCCAGAUGAGCAUCUGCACUACAAUAGUCUUCUAGAUACAACAGCAAAGCUAUUCCAAAAAAUGUUUCCUGGUGAAGAAUUCUUCCCUACGACAAAUCCGUCUGAUGAGUUUGCAGAUGAUGCUGAGGAGCAGUGUUAUGAAUGUAGCAGCAUUACGGUGAAAGAUGAACUUGCUUGCUUGCAUAGAUUGGCUGUGGUAGGGAAAUCAAACGUGAAUUUUGAGGACGCUGGACACAGUCGCGCAGGGUUGCGGGGAAGGCCUGAAGGUGGUCGCGUGGAGGUGGACUGGCGGAGCAGUGGAGGGAAGGGCUUAGGGCUGAGGCCUGAAGGCGGAGGCGUGGACUGUGGUCUGUGGAGGCGGAGAAGUGGAGGAAACGGCGCAAGGAGAGGGAAGUGA